AUGUCUGAUACAGAGAUCAAUUUCUGGGGAGAUACUUCAGAGGAAGACUACUACAAUCUCAAAGGCAUCAUCGGCUCCAAAUCAUUCUUCACUUCCCCUCGAGGACUCAAACUCUUCACUCGCUCAUGGCUUCCUUCUUCUCCCUCUCCUCCGCGUGGCCUCAUCUUCAUGGUCCAUGGCUACGGCAAUGACGUCAGCUGGACUUUCCAAUCCACUCCCAUCUUCCUCGCCCAGAUGGGUUUCGCUUGCUUCGCUCUCGACAUCGAAGGCCACGGCAGAUCCGACGGCGUCCGCGCCUACGUCCCCUCCGUAGAUCUCGUCGUCGACGACCUCGUCUCAUUCUUCGAUUCGAUCAAGCAAAACCCCAAAUACCAAGGAUUGCCUCGGUUUCUCUUCGGAGAAUCAAUGGGCGGCGCGAUCUGUCUCCUGAUCCAUUUCGCCGAUCCGUCAGGGUUCGACGGAGCGGUUCUGGUUGCGCCAAUGUGUAAAAUCUCCGACGAGGUGAGACCUGAAUGGCCGAUUGAUCAGUUUCUAAUUACGAUCUCCAGAUUCGUCCCGACUUGGGCGAUUGUUCCGACGGAGGAUCUGCUGGAGAAAUCGAUCAAAGUGGAGGAGAAGAAACCGAUUGCGAGGAGGAAUCCGAUGAGGUACAGUGAGAAACCGAGGCUGGGUACAGUGAUGGAGCUGCUUAGGGUUACGGAUUACUUAGGGAAGAAGCUAAAAGAUGUGAGCAUUCCCUUCAUUGUGCUGCACGGAACUGCAGAUGCUGUGACUGAUCCUGAGGUGAGCAGAGAAUUGUACGUAAACGCCAAGAGCGAAGAUAAGGAGUUGAAGAUCUAUGGAGGGAUGAUGCAUUCGAUGUUGUUCGGUGAACCUGAUGAGAACAUUGAGAAAGUUCGUAAAGAUAUUGUUAGUUGGUUGAAUGAUAGAUGUGGUGGAGGAGAUGAUCAAGUUCAAGCCCAGGUUUGA